AGAUACGUAACUAUUUAACAAUUAGUACCUACAUAUCUAUCUAAAUACAUAUCAAUUUGACUGAAACGAAAAUAUUGUACUUUUUAUUAAUGUUUCGUUAAUAUGGUAGAGUAAGCGUACAUUUUGUUUGAGCACAUAAUUGAAUCUGUUCUGUGAUAGUGUGGUGCGUAAUGAUGCGUCGCUUGAAGGGCGGACAGGGGCAGUGAAAGUCGGUGGAGUUGUGACCGUGAUAGAAUAGAACAGAGUGAGCGAGUGGGUGACGAUGGGCGUGGGCCUGCAACCGCUCGAGUUUACCGAGUGCCUUGCGGACAGCCCGCAGUUCCGAGAGAACUUGCAGCGCCACGAGAAGGAGCUCGAACGCACCAGCCAACAGAUCAAGAGGCUCAUUAAGGAAGUUAAGGAUGUCGUACAGGCGGCCAAACGGCUGGGCGCGGCGCAGCUGGCGCUGGCGACGAGUAUGGAGCAGUUCGAGUUCGCCUGCAUCGGCGCCUCCAUGACCGAGGACGAACGGGUCAUCUCCAACUCGCUGCACCACUUCGCGCAUCUCAUACGCACCAUCGAGGACGAGAGGGAUCGCAUGUUGGGGCGCGCUCACGAGCAGAUCAUCCAGCCGCUGGAGCGCUUUCGGAAAGAGCACAUCGGCGCAGUUAAGGAGGGCAAGAAGAAGUUCGACAAGAAGACGGCCAAGUUUUGUCAGAGCCAGGAGCGGACACUGUCUCUCUCCACUAAGAAACAAGAGAAUGUCUUCCAAGAGGCGGACGCGGCCAUGGACAUGGCGGAGCGCGACUUCUGCCGCGCGUCCCUCGAGUACGUGUUCCAGCUGCAGGCGGUGCAGGAGCGCAAGAAGUUCGAGCUGGUGGAGACGCUGCUCGGCUUCGUGUUCGGCUGGUGGACCUUCCACCACACCGCGCACGACGUGCACGCCGACGCAGAGCCGCGCGUGCGCGACCUGCAGCUGCGCAUACAGCGGACGCGGACCAACUUCGAGGAGACCAGCAAGCAGACCGAGUCGCUCAUGAAGAAGAUGAUGGAGGCGCGACAGAACAAAGAGGAGGAAGCCGGAGACGAAGGCGGCGGCGUCUCGCGCGCCGGCUACCUGUUUCUCAUGGAGAAGAAGGCGUUCGGCACGACCACCUGGAGCAAGCAGUACUGCACGUACGAGAAGGACUCGCGGUUGCUGUCGCUCACGCCCUACAACCAGAUCAACGUCAAAACGCUCCUCACGGUGCAGGUGGGCCCGAGCGAGACGCUGUGCGUGUGCGGCGCGCGCGAGUGCAGCGACGGCGCCGUCGAGCGCCGCUUCUGCUGGGAGGCGCUGCCGGCGGAGCGCGAGCGCGCGGCGCUGACGCUGCAGGCGCCGAGCGAGCGCGAGCGCGGCGCGUGGCUGCGCGCGGUGGAGGGCGGCGCGCCGGCCGCGGCCGCGCUGGCCGGCGCGCCGCCGCCCGGCUGCGCGCUCGACGCCGCCGGCUUCGCGUUCGUGCGCGCGCUGGCCGCCGCCGUGGAGGCGCGCGGGCUGGCCGAGCCGGGGCUGUACCGCGUGGCCGGCGUGGCGUCGCGCGUGGCGCGGCUGCUGGCGCACGCGCCGCGCCGGCCGCCCGCCGCGCUGCGCGACCCGCUGGCCUGGGACACCGCCACGCUCACCUCCGCGCUCAAGGCCUACCUGCGCGCGCUGCCCGACCCGCUGCUCACGCGCGCCCUGCACGCGCAGUUCAUCGCCGCCGCCAAGUGCGAGAGCCGCGCCGACCGCGUCGCCGCCGUGCAGCGGCUCGUGCGCGCGCUGCCGCCGCUCAACCACGACAUGCUGCGGCUCGUGCUCGCCCACCUGCGCAACGUGGCGGCCAAGAGCGACAAGAACCUGAUGACGAUCUCGAACCUGGCCGUGUGCUUCGGGCCGACGCUGCUGCGCGCCGAGCGCGAGACCGUCGCCUCCAUCCUCGAGCUCAAGUUCUACAACGUGCUCGUCGAGACGCUUCUCGAGCACUACCACGACAUCUUCGGCGACUCGCCGCCGCCCUCCGCAGCCCUCGCCGCCGCCGACGCCGACGACGCACCUCCACCGCCGCCGCCGCCGCCCGCGCCCGCGCACAACGGCAUACUCAGUGCGUCGCCGACGUCGCUGCCCGCGGCGGCUCGUAAUGACAUAACCGUGGGCGUGGGCGUGGGCGUGGGUGUGGGUGUGGGCGUGGGCGUGGGCGUGGGCGUGGGGUGCGAGCGGCUGGCGGCGGGCGGCGCGGGCCGGUACGCGGCGCACCAGCACCAGCUGCUGCAGCAGUUCGCCGCGCCCGCGCUGCGUGCCGGCGUGGGUCGGUCCAGCAGUAGCUCGGCGGAGUCCGUGUCCAGCCACAGCGCGUCCCCGCCGCCCGGCGCGCACGCCGCGCACGCCGGCCACGCCGGCCACGCUGGACACGCCGGACACGCCGGACACGCCGGACACCCGCCGCACCCCGGACACGCCGGACACCCGCUGCACGGCUCCACUACGCUGCUCGCGCGCACCCCGCUCUAUAGGCACUCGCGGGUGCGCACGCUGUACGCGUGCCUGGGCGAGUCGGAGGGCGAGCUGUCGUUCGAGCCGAACCAGAUCAUCACCAACGUGGCGGCGUCCGGCGAGCCGGGCUGGCUGCGCGGCACGCUCAACGGCAAGACCGGCCUCGUGCCCGAGAACUACAUCGAGCCGCUGCCCUGAGCCGCCCCGAGCCGCCCCUCUAGUAUUAUGUUGUUGAUUAUUUUGUACGCGUUUGUAUAUUUUGUACAUUGUAAAUAAGAGUUUGUUGAACGUUCUAUUUAUAUUAUAUUUUAUGUUGUGAGUUUUGUACCAAAUAUAAUGUAUUAUCCACCCGUGGAUUCUAGUUAUAAAGAGUAAUUUAAACUGAAUAA